AGGGGAAAGGUUUUAGAGGCUGCAGUCUGUGGAAGGGUGGAAACUGACUCGGGGAGGCAGUAGGUGGACAGAAGGAGCCAGACAGCUAACAGUGGGUAGGGAGGCAAAAGGCAAAGCAGAAGGCAGUUUUCCUAAGGCAUGUUUGUAUGUGUGGCUUCUUUCCAUCUUCACCUUUUGCUAAACUGAGAGCAUCACACGGUUCUGCAAGUCUGGCUUCUCCCUGGAGAAGGGUACAGAGUUCAGCCACGUGACAUUUUGGUCUCCGAAUUAGACCCUUGGGGAUUUACUAAACAUGCCCCCCUUUAUUUUUCCAGAAAAUACUUUUUACUCCAAACACCUUUAUGUAAAAAUUCCAGCAGAACCGUGCAUACCAGCUUCAGGCUUGUGGAAAAUUAGGAGUUAAAUAUUGCUGCUGUAAAGUAAUUUUAUCUCUGUGUUGGGCUGAGGCUGAAACUGAGUCAUGUGUGCAUAUUUGGAUACGUCACACCCUCUUGCUGUAGUAGACAAAGAACAAAUUAGCUCCUUACCAUAAACCUCAUGCUUACAGGAUGCUUCUGGAGGACAGAUCAAUCAUUCUUUAGUCCCUUACAGAGGGGAAAAAACCCUCACAAAAUGCCUCUUAAGAUGAACUAGCACAGCACCAUCGUUCAGCUGGCUGGAUUUCACACACUACAAUGAAGAUACUGUUUUUCACUGGACUGCUCUCUCUUACCUCCAGUCUUUGCACUACAGCUUCAGAAUAUUCCCUGAAUGGCUCUGCAAUUAAAACAGUGUCUCUUAUCAAAACUUUUCGUGGAAUUUCAGCAAGAGACUAUGAUUACAUCCCCCCUUAUGCCAUAGAAGGGGAAACAACAACCAUCCAUAUCAGAGAAAAUAAAUGCACUUCAAAAAAGUCAAAUGACUCCACAUUAACAGAAGUGAGUAACACCACUCUGGAGUACCUGACCAGCUCUCUGAGCACCAAGCUAAUACCUGCCGUCUACCUCAGUGCUGUUUUAUUGGGUGUACCAUCGAAUGCCAUCAUCCUGUGGAUGCUCCUCUUCAGGAUCCGCUCCGUGUGCACCGCCGUCCUCUACACAAACCUGGCCGUUUCAGACCUGCUCUUCUGCAUCACGCUGCCCUUCAAAAUAGCCUACCACAUCAACGGGAACAACUGGAUAUUUGGGGAGACCAUGUGCCGGGCCGCCACGGCGGUGUUUUAUGGCAACAUGUACUGCUCCAUCCUGCUGCUCACGUGCAUCAGCGUCAGCCGCUACGUGGCCAUCGUUCACCCCUUCACCUACAAGAGCCUGCCCAAGCGCGCCUACGCCAGCGCAGCCUGCGCCGCCGUCUGGGCCGUCGUCUUCUUGUACAUGCUCCCGCUUGCCAUCAUGCAGCAAAGCUACCACGUGAAGCAACUGGACAUUUACACCUGCCACGACGUGCACAGCGCCUGUGAAACCCUAUCGUCCUUCCAGUUCUACUACUACGUGUCCUUAGCUGUAUUCGGGUUUUUAGUACCGCUCGCGACUAUCGUGUUCUGCUAUGUCUCAAUUAUACGAACACUCAAGACUCACGAAUGGUUCUGGUAUGUUAAAGUCUGUCUUUUGAUUCUUACCAUCUUUGCUAUUUGCUUUGUGCCAAGCAAUAUUAUCCUUAUUAUCCAUCACGUCAACUCUUACUAUUACAACACAGAUGGGUUGUAUUCUUUUUAUCUAAUUGCUUUAUGUCUUAGCAGUCUAAACAGUUGUCUUGAUCCUUUCCUUUAUUUUCUAAUGUCAAAAAUCAGAAGUCAAUCCAAUAUUUAUCUAACAAUGGUUAAAAUAUCCAGGGAAAAAUGAAUUUAUUUCUAUUACUGGAAUUAUGAUUUUGCAUAGUAUUAACACAGACAAUGUGCAACAAAUCUCAGGUAUGACAUUUAUACUUCAAGUAAAAUGUGUUAAAAAACACAAUCUCAGUUAAAUUUACUUCCC